AUGUUCCAAAAUGACCUGAACGAGUCCAUCGAAAGGCUAAAUAAAAAAACGAGAAAAUAUGAACUGUGCAGGCAAAAUGAAAACUUGAAGAGCGGAAUGCAGAGCAACGAAAUACUGCGCAAGGUGUUAGCGGCAGGCAGAGGUAGCGGCAGAGGUAGCGGCAGAGGCAGCGGCAGAGGCAGCGGCAGCGGCAGAAGCACUGAGCGGAACGAACGGACAGAACCGAGAGGGAGUCCUCCCAAGGCAGAUGCCGUUCAGGUGAACCGCCGCGUGGGCAGAUAUGUUGACGACAUUAGCGAUGACGCAGGUGGGGGGCAAAAUAAUAAUUCGGAUGAACAGACCGAAAAGGAGAGCAACGCGGAACAGAAGGUGGAACUGUAUUCAUCACCGUAUCGAGAAGGAAGAACCCAAAAAGGGAACACACACAGAAAGGAAAAAAAGACCACUUUGGAGAAAACCAACAUGACGAAGUUGAGCCAAAGGAAGGGAAGAAAGCAUCACCAGGACGAUGACACUGAUAAGAACGGGGAGACAAACGAGAGGAACCACAGCGAUCAAGUCGAAGGAAAUAACGUAAAGCAAAUAAAAGCUGUUAUUAAAAUUGGGAAGAGUAUAGACCCCUUUAGAAGAAAAAUUCACAUCGAUUACGACAGUUGCGCUUUGAGUGAUGAGGCACGUAAGCGAUUGGCUAAGUUUAGCAGCAUCAUCGAUUUGAAUGCAAACGCAGGGGGGAAGAAGCGCGACACAAAUGGGGGCGCAACGAAGGACGCGAAGGAGGAGACGAAGGACGCGAGGGAGGAGACGAAGGACGCGAGGGAGGAGACGAAGGCCACGAACGCCACGACGGAGGAGUACCACACCUUUGCAGACCUAGGCAUCUGUGACCACUUCCUCAACGUCUACUUAAAAUACAACGGCAUUGAAAAACCGACGGAGUACCAGGCCAAGAGCAGCCCGCUUGGGAGGGGCCUCUCCGCAGGGAACCCCCUCAACCCAGUCAUCCCAGUCAUACCAGUCAACCCAGUCAACGCCUCCAACCCAGUCAUCCCAGUCAUACCAGUCAACCCAGUCAACGCCUCCAACCCAGUCAACGCCUCCAACCCAGUCAACGCCGCUAACCACGCCAACCAAGGCAACCAAGGCAACCGCUUCUCUCGUCCCUCGGGGAAAGCCCCCGAGAAGCGCCUACCCCCCUGUUGAAUGGUGAGAAAAAAAAAAAACCUCUCAGAUAAGCACCCCAAAAAUGACGUCCUAAUUGUUACGUACAACAAGGAGCUAGCCGUGCAGAUAUUUCACUUAUGUAAAGAUUUAAUCGAUUCAUUUUUCAAGUCCUCCAAAUCGAAGUUCUUCGAUCUUAACGACUCCCUCAUGUGGUCCCACUUGCCCAGCGUAGACCCACAGAGGAAGACCUUACUGGAGCGUUUAAAUGUGGACUUAAAAAAAAAAAAAAAUUUAAAUGUGUAUCUGCUAAUCGGGGGGAACAACAUCAAAUAUCAGUUGAAGGGGUUGAAGCGGCGUAAGGUGCACAUGGCGGAGGGACACCCAUCGGGGGAACCCCCUCCCGCAAUGCAAGAAGACCGCAUCGAAAACGUCAACAUCUACGUAGGCACACCUGGCAGGCUAGAAAGGCUAAUCAACGAAAGGAAAAUAAUUAACCUUGAUCAUAUCUCAACCAUGGUACUUGAUGAGUAUGAUUUUUUUUUUAAUUCCUAUGGGAAGAAGGGUAGUGAGGAGACAAAGACAGAGAAGAAACCCCAUGUGGAAAAUGAAUUUUUUUCCAAAAUAUUACGAAGCGUAUAUAGUACUACGAAGAAGGGUCAGUUGGGGAGGGACUCUGUCCCCUCGUGGACUUCCCUCACCAACGUCAUUUGCUGCAGCGCAACUCCCGCGGUGUAUUCGUACCUGACCUUCACACGGCAUAUCAUUACGACCAACUUUUUGCGCCACCUCCAUGGGGGGAAGGAAGCAGCUGUAGAAAAGGAAUCGGUGGAGGGGGAAUCCGCGGAAAAGGAAGCACCUGUGGAGGACACCCCCGGAGGAGGGAAUUUAAGUGGAAAAGGCUUCCUAACGGGGAACCGCCCCCCCAUCGACCGCCAACUGGAGCAAAGUAUGCUAAACGAAUUGUUCAAUCUGAAGGAGUUCGGAAAAAUACCCAACAAUUUGAUUCACCUAAAUUACACCUACGAUAGGAGGAACAGAGAAUGGAGCAACAGCGCAACGAUGAAUUUCUUAAAUGUGCUCUUUUCAAACCCCCUGAGGAAAAACGUCCUUGUGUUUUGCAAUACGAAGAAACGCGUCAUGGACCUGUGGAGUCUCUUCCGAAACCGAUUCGACGUAGACAUCCAGACCAUCUUCGCAGAGAAAAACAAAAAAAGGAAAAAGAUAUUCAAAGAUAUUAACUACGCCAACUUUUUUAAGAAUGACUUGGUGAAUUACAAAACUUUGAAGAAAUAUGUCAACUUUUUGUUCCUCUCGACCAACUUGCUCUACCGGGGGAUCAACUGCAUGGGGUUCACCACCAUCGUGAACUUUGACAUGCCUUCAGGCCCCACCGAGUACGUCCACAGGUGCGGAAGAAUAGGCAGGAUCAACAACAAGGGAAUCAUUAUUAACAUUUUCGAAAAGAGCUUCCUGCGCACAUACAGGCGGAGGAUUUUUUCCAAGCUGGGCAUCCAGCCCUACGACAUCGACUGCUACAUGAACAAUUUGUUCACGCUGGGGGGGCAGGAGGUUCAGGGCGACGUCGGCAAGGAAGUUUGCAAAGGAAUCGGCAAAGGAAUUAGCGAAAUUGGCGGAAUUGGCGAAAUUGGCGAAAUUGGCGGAAUUGGCGAAGUUGCCGAUGUUGACUCCAAAGUGGGCUCCGUGGCGCACUCCACGGCUCUCCCCAAUGCUAGCGCCCACACGGGGGAACCGCCUCCCCGCAGCGAGCACAACCCCUGA